ACAAACAUGUUUGUGUAGUCUUCACAAAUUAAAACAUAUGCAAAGUAUAGCUGUCCAAGUAAACGUUUUUUAUUGCGAAGCUUUCGAGCACUUCUUGCGAGGAUUGGGCUGUCCUAAUUCUGCUGGGUGGCACUCGUAGGACCCCGACAAACCCAGGAGAAGGCAAGAGAGGGAGAAACCGGUGGAGUAGCUGUGUCUGUCCCUCCGUUGAUGUUUAUAAUUAUUUUUCGCUUUUAGACACUCAUUUAAUAAGCAAAAGACAUUUUAAAAAACAAUUAAACGGGAGUGGGACUUGCGGCAGUACUAAACUCUGAUUUCGCAAUUUCCCUAGUGCUGUGUCUUUGAACCAGUCAGACGUCUUGUGGUUUUAUUAUUGUGUGUUCAUUUUAAGGAUAACGUUUUCUUGUUAGCUUUAUAUCGUGGAUUAAUUUACCUACGAUGAGUACCUUAGAGUCCGUGGAUCGAGUGGAAUUGUGCGAGAGCCUCUUGACAUGGAUCCAGACAUUUGGAGUGGAGGCACCAUGCAAAACUGUAGAGGAUCUCACCAGUGGGGUUGUAAUGGCCCAAGUCCUUCAGAAAAUAGAUAUUGUAUAUUUUAAUGACAGCUGGAUAAGUCGGAUUAAAUCUGAAGUUGGAGAUAAUUGGAGAUUAAAGGUCAGCAAUUUAAAGAAAAUUUUGAAGGGCAUUUUGGACUACAACCAUGAGGUGCUGGGACAGCAGAUCAAUGACUUCACGCUCCCAGACGUCACCCUCAUUGGGGAGCACUCCGACGCCGCUGAGCUGGGCAGGAUGCUGCAGCUCAUCCUCGGCUGUGCGGUCAACUGUGAGCAGAAGCAAGAAUACAUUCAGACAAUAAUGAUGAUGGAGGAGUCUGUACAGCAUGUUGUUAUGACAGCGAUCCAAGAGCUGAUGAGCAAAGAGACCCCUGUUAUGGCUGGAAACGAGUCGUACGUGGACCUUGACAGACAGCUCAAAAAAACUGUGGAGGAUCUCAAUGAUGCUUUGGCCACCAAAGAAGAAAUUGCCCAGCGAUGUCACGAGCUGGACAUGCAGGUGGCAGCUCUGCAGGAGGAGAAGGGCAGCCUGCUGGCAGAGAACCAGGUCCUGAUGGAGCGGCUCAACCAGUCCGACUCCAUGGAGGACCUGAACAGCCCUGCCGGGCGGAGGCACCUGCAGCUGCAGGCCCAGCUGGAGCAGCUCCAGGAGGAGACCUUCAGGCUGGAGGCCUCCAAGGAUGACUACAGGAUACGCUGCGAGGAGCUGGAUAAGGAGAUCGUGGAGCUGAGGGGGCAAAACGAGGAGCUCACCUCCCUGGCAGACGAGGCGCAGUCCCUGAAGGAUGAAAUGGACGUGCUCCGACACUCCUCUGACAAGGUGUCCAAGUUGGAGGGGAUGGUGGAGUCAUAUAAGAAGAAGCUGGAGGACCUGGGGGAUCUGAGGAGGCAGGUGAAGCUGCUGGAGGAGAAGAACACCCUGUACAUGCAGAACACCGUCAGCCUGGAGGAGGAGCUGAGGAAGGCCAACACCGCCAAGGGACAGCUGGAAACGUACAAGAGACAGGUGGUAGAGCUUCAGAACAGACUGUCAGAAGAGUCCAAAAAGGCGGACAAGAUGGAGUUUGAGUACAAGCGCCUGAAAGAAAAAGUAGACUCUCUCCAAAAAGAAAAAGAUCGUCUGCGGACAGAGCGAGAGUCUCUGAAGGAGACCAUCGAGGAGCUUCGCUGUGUCAAGGCCCAGGAGGAUCAGCUCACUCCAGGCUUGGUUCCUCUGGGCAGCAGUGAAGCCUCAGACUUGCUGGCAGCCGAAAGCGUCACACCUGAGAUUCGGGAGAAACUGAUCCGCUUGCAGCACGAAAACAAGAUGCUGAAGCUGAACCAGGAGGGCUCAGACAACGAGAAGAUCGCCCUGCUGCAGAGCCUGCUGGAGGACGCCAACAGCAGGAAGAACGAGCUGGAGACGGAGAACAGACUGGCGAACCAGAGACUGUUGGAAGGCCAGUCUCAGGUUGAGGAGCUGCAGAAGUCGCUGCAGGAACAGGGCUCAAAGGCGGAUGAUUCAAUAAUUCUGAAGAAGAAGUGUGAAGAGCAUUUAGAGAAACUUCGUGAAGCGUCCAGUGAACUCCAAAAGAAGAGUGCUGUCAUUGAAGAUUUGGAGCCAAAAUAUAACCAAAGUUCCCAAAAAGUUGAAGAGUUGGAGGAGGCCUUAAAAAAGAAAGACGAAGAAAUGAAACAAAUGGAGGAGAGGUAUAAAAAAUACCUGGAAAAGGCCAAGAGCGUGAUCCGGACCCUGGAUCCCAAGCAGAACCAGGGCUCGGCCCCAGAGGUGCAGGCCCUGAAGAACCAGCUGCAGGAGAGAGAGCGCAUGCUGCAUUCUCUUGAGAAAGAAUAUGACAAGACGAAAACGCAGCGAGACCAGGAGGAGAAGCUCAUAGUCUCUGCCUGGUACAACAUGGGCAUGGCGCUCCAGAAGAAGGCUGCGGAGGACAGGCUGGCCAGCACGGGCUCGGGUCAGUCCUUCCUGGCCCGCCAGCGACAGGCCACCAGCGCCCGCCGAAACUACCCGGGGCACGUGCAGCCGGCCACGGCAAGGUAGAGAGAGACGGGGGGGCCCAUGGGGGGCCCACGGGGGGUGUCCGCCAGACGCCUGCCCGCCGAGCCUGCCGCAGCCAUUCAGGACAUAAAUCCUCACGUGCCGUGUCUUUUCUCCCCCCCCCCUCUGUUUGCCUAACACUAAAUACUGUACGACUCGAGGAUUUGUGUUGUUUCUGUCAUUCAUGCUAUGUUUUUAAAGAACUGUCUACAACUGUCCUUUGUGUUACUUUGCCUGCCUGUCUGCCUUCCGGGUGCAGUGGAUUUAAGUAGGGAUGCCAGCGAUUGGGUGAAUUACCCAGCACCCCCUUCGUGAUUCAGUUCGUGGUCAGAACACACAGCUAGCAGCCAUGGGACUGGCUCACUUGAAUCAUUUUGAGUUACAUUAUUUAUUAUAUAAACCAAGAAAAUACUACCCUUUUUUAAAAAAGCUUUCUAACAUGUUUUAUGCAGUAGUUAUUGUGCUUCAGGAUACAGUUUUAGUUGCAAGUAGUCUAUUUACAUAGAGCAGUAUCUAAAUGGUUAAUUUGGUAUUUUACUUUUUUCUUGAGUUACUGAUUUUCUGUGCCAUAGCCAAAUAGGAGCCUCCUUUAACUAGUGCAAUAAGCACACAAGACAAAAUGUUUUACUUUUUAGAAAAUGAAGUCUUUCGGGGGUCAGUGUUAAGUAUUAUGUGUUUCCCCAGUGUCAGAAGCAGACCAGACUUACAGAGAUACAAAUAUUCUGUGGUUAUUUAUUCUAGUAGUUUUCUCUGACAGUAAGUGUUACUUGCUAUAAAACCACCAAGUGUCAACACUUAUCACUGCACAGGACUUAAUUCAUUUCAUGUUUUUGCAUUUUGUUCAAUCUAAGUUUGUAGUGAUCUUGGCAAAGACCCAUCGUUAUACCAAGUGCCUCCAUUAAUCAGUGUUAUUUGUCCUUGCGUGGGCAUCUCUGCUUAAAAAGGUCAGAAAUUAAGUCGCUCCUGUGAAAUGAGUUCAGGAUCUCCUCUUGCCUUUAGCCCCACUGUGGUAAUCGAGGCAAUACGAAUAUUGAGCAGUGUCGUCACAGUGGAAGCUUGAGUCCGAACCUUUCUGUAAAUUUGCAUUUCUGCAUAAUCACGACUCAUGUUCGUCACUGUGAGGGUGAUGAAAGUUUUUGUAGUCCUGAAGAAUUCCCAUAUCUAUGCAGAGGCUCAUGGGAAUGAGAGUGUAGCCUUAAAGCUGGGCUGCAUGGCGUUUGAUCAGCGCUUCAGCCCGCGAGCUCUCACAGAUGCGGAGUGCGCUUUGAAGCUCCCGUCUUCGAUCGGCCCUGUAACGACGGCUCGCCGCCGCCUGCGGCGCUCAGCGGAGGUACUUUGAGAGGAACACCGCCGCCGCCGCCAUUUCCCUCCCAAAGCGUCGCACUCCGCAGUGUUUAUGCUGCAUUAGCAUACUAGGUGUUGCAAUAAAAACCUGGAUGUGAUGUAUUUUAAAGGUGCCAUAAGUAGCGUGUUAACAGGGUGUUGGCAGCUGUGGUCCGCAGGGCUCCACAAGCUGCGUACUGUACUGUGGCUUCCUUCUCCAGCCACUCACGCAUGGCCGUGUCUCAAGCCUUUCAGCGCUGGGGAGAGCUGCAUUUUGACCACUGCCAGUCAUUUUAAUCAUGGGGGCAGCCAGUAAUGAAAUGGCUGCUUUUUGCAUCUUUACCUUGCAUCUUUGCAGCUUUCUGUCCUUUCAUCUGCACGAUCUAUGUCGGGAGUGAACAGUUCUAGUCCUGGAGGGCUUUCUUGUGUCUUUUCAAUUAGCAGCUGACAUGUACCAGGAAACGCAGGCGAGGGGACGCCUGUGCUAAUAGCGGCUUUGCUUAAACAGCGGAGAGGAGCCGGAACAAAGGCCAGCCAGCCCUGCAGGACUGGUGCGAGCCGGCCCUGGUGUGCCCACGCCGCCGGCUCGCCGCUCUGCCUGCUUAUUCAAAUGAAGCAUUCAGGCAGCUCCAGUCUAGCCCCUCGUGUCUCACUGCUGCCUGACAUUCCUGCUGCCGAGUGGCAUUGUGUGACGCAGGACGAUCCCUUUCAGUGCCGUGCAAUUCAGGAACCACGCCUCUGUUAUUAACGUUAGUUUAUGAGCGACGAAUAGAGUGCUGUUCUCCAGCUGAGGUUAGUUGUGUUGAGUUUGUGAGAAUACAGAAUAAGUUUAACAUUGUCACCCUAAAAGGGAAGCAGUUUAAAAAAAAAAAAAAUACUACCAAGUAAGAAUAUUAUGUAUUCAGAAUGAUCUACAGUGAAUAAAAAGUGUCAAAAAUAAGGUAUUUGCCAGUUUCCUGAAUAUUCCUUUAAUAAUAUAUGCUUAAGAUCGAACAUGCCUGGCUUAACACCGUCUGUGAUGUGGUAAGCCACAAACGUGAUCAAAUUUUAACUUUAAAUUGGUACAAUUUAGCAUCUUAAAGUAACACUGGGAGUUGGUUGAAUGGCAUUAACUCUAAAAUCAUAAAGGCUUACGAUUCCACUAAUCUUCCCACCCUCUGAGUUUGUACGCACCUGUGAAAGUGUGAUGGUUUUCUCUUCUCUGUAGCGUUCUGCGGGUGAACCGCUGACGUGUUUCUCUGUCCUCUCUCUCCCCCCCUGCAGCGAUGUGAUUGCAUGACCUCCGGCAGCGUUGGCGGUUGCAUGACGCGCCGUUUUGCAUGACUUUGUGUUGAGCCUGCGAUAACCCCAUCGACACUAACCCCGCACCCCCCACGAGUGGGCAGAGCUCCCUGGGAGGAGGGACCCCCGUCCCCCUCCCUGAACCGAGGGGACCUCCUCCUCCCGUUCACGGACGUGCUUGCUUGUGCUUCUAAAAUACUGCAUUUCCCAUCAUGCUUCAGCCUGACAAAAAAAGGCUAGUGUUUGCAUGAGGGUGGGCCGGGCAGGGGCGGAGCCAUCCCUCACCCAUCCCCUCAGCUUUAACCGAUGGCUUCAACCCCCUCAACCUCCUCCUGUUUCUACCAAGGCUCACUUGUGGACUGGCAGUGUUGUUUGGUUCUCAGAAACACAGACUAGCUGGAGCAGUGUUGUGAGCUGCAGGAACUGCUAUAAUGGUGAUGUCUCUCAGCGCUGUUGCAGUCUCCCCAGGGUUUACAAUGAAAAGUGAUCAAACAUGGCUGACUUGAGUGGAGCUCCAGUUUCACAAUAUCUGAUUUUACUGUCUUGUAAUGUUGGUUUUUAUUUUGUAUGGUAAUGGAAGAUCAAAGGUUUGGUAAUAUCUUGAUUUUAAACUUUACGGUCGAAUGCCUGAGUUCUCUGAAGUUUAGAUUUUUUUUCCCCCUCUAUUGAAUUUGUAUAGAUUGACUUGCCUCUAUACAAUUUCUUUUUUUAUUCAUAUUUAUUUGUUUUCCAUUUUAGAUCUUAGUCUUAACAUCUUAUCCCGUAAGGAGUGUUAACUUCAUUAUGUCUUAUUAUACCCCUCAUAAGUAAUGUGUUGCUUUCAAAGUGGCAGUGUUUUUGAGUACAGGAUUAAGGCUUUUGUGCAGCCAUGCCUUUAUAACUAUAUUUAUUUAUCUUUUGUAUUUACUCAUGCAGUACUGGUAUUUCAAACUCGUUAAUUUGUUUUGUGUUUCAUCUUAUAGACUAACCUGACAGAAAGUCCUUUCGUAGUAAUGACAUCAUGCACAGUAUUUUUUUUAACAGUUUCAUUUAAAUAUGACAAUUUAUGAAUUUGCAUCAGUGAAGGGUGUAGUAGGUCUGCAUUAAGGUGCGGUAGGUGGUGCAUUGGAUUGUUUGGUUCCUCUGAAGUAGCACCUGAUUGGCUGGGUCCCAUUCCAGGUGUUCAGCAGGCCAAAGAAGGGAAAUGCAAAGACCACCACAGCAGCGAGGUCAUAAGGAUCCUCUUUUGAUUAGGAACAUUUUAAAGUGCUUUUACCUCAGAUUGUCUGCUGUCUGCUUUCUGCAUUAGCACUGUGUUAGCAGCGAAACCGAAUGAUGGCACAGUUAUCUGAAAAGUGCUUAGCCCCGAAGUCUCCUCUGGUGCGUUUUUUGUAGUACAUGGUUGUGGUUGUAACAAGCUGUACUUGUCCAAAUUUUAUAAUUAUGCAAUCUUAUGGAAUCUGACUUGAGUGAAAGUGUCUUGUGAUGCGUGACCGCAGAUAGGGUGUGUUAGGUUUAGAAACAGUGUAAUUUUUUUGCCAGACUGUUCACUUGUGUUGUGAGACUUCGUAGUGAGAUCAUAGGACACGUAGAAGAAAGAAGCCCUGUUUCAAAACCACAUGAAAUGUAGUGUGAAAUAGAGUCUGGAAAGGUUUUAAUCUGUGAGGUCUCUCACAACCGUCCAUUAUUUAGAGACAUCUCCAUGUGCGUGUCUGUUAUUCUACAGAAACAACCUCAUGUACUAUGAAAGCAGAGGCCAUUCAGUCAUAAUUUAUCAUCAGAUUGUAUGAUUGCUAUAAGAAUUUUUUAAGGAUCUGAAGAUUACGUAUAUUGAAGUAGCAAAUAACUCUUUCCAUUUGCCAAGUUUUAUAAUGCUUGUAUACAAUAUGUACAUAAUGUAUGUGAGAAACAGUUGAGGAAGGACUUGCUCAUUGGGGAAAAGGCAAAGGAAAUUAAAACCUGAUUGGGUAAAUGGGUUUCAUGGUAUCUCCAUUAGAACUUUAUCAAUACAAUGUGCUUCCCGUGCUGCAAAAAUGUACAGUUGUUAAUCAAGAUGUAAAUAAAGCUUGUAUAAAACUC